UUAGAAAAUCAGGUGUCGGUCAGAUACAUGCUGUGGUAGGAUUCCACUAGGGGAUUCUAGUGCAGAAACUAUCUGCCUAACUAAUGAGUGGGUCAGAUCAUGUUGAUGAUAGAGCAGACAAUAGAAGACUUACACGUGCAGAUGCACUAAGGGUUCCGCACGUGUUCAAGACCUUAGACGAGGGAGAAGAAAGACGGCUUCGUGCCGAACGUAGAACCCGUGCUCUAGCAGCAGGACUAGAGGAAGCAAACAGAGUAGCAAGAGAGCGGGCAACAGCAGCCAGAGCAACAGCAAUGGCUAAUGGUACCAGCUCUGCUGUGUCAUCGUCUGCGUCCUCGUCAGGGACUAGUGGGACUCAUUUGGGAAUGCCACUGAGUUCCACAAGUUCCUCGGGCACUUCCGGGUCAACAGGGUGUAGACAGUCUUCUAGUCAAAUGGCGGGCUCGCAGUUCAGCCCGUGGACCCCGCGUGAGAGGGAGCUCAGAGAGAUCCAGCAGGUCGAGAGGCUCCGCCAGCAGUUAGAGAAGGAUCUGAAGAAAGCAACCGAUAGAGAAAAAGAGAUAAAAAGUAGAGCAGCCAGACUUGAUACGUUAGAGGCUGACAAGGCUGCGUUAGAGGGAUUGGACAAAUCGAGUUUGUCUGACACCCUGAAAGUGUUGAGGGACAACAUGUUGUCACUGCAUGCGCACGUAGACAGCAGGAUGGACUUCAUGCAAAGCACUUUGGACCAGAUCCUGGAUGCAUUGACAAAGCCAGGAUUCCGGCCACCAGCACAAUCGUCGUUGCCGUUACCGGCAAUGUCAGACCCUUUUGCCGUACAAGCUGGCACACAGCCAAGUGGCAUAUCUGCAGCAGCAGCACAGACUGUUGCAUCUUCGGGUCCAGUGGUGAUUGCUGCAUCACCACAACAACAUGUUCAGCCAACUCGACGGCCGCAAGGUCAAUGGUAUCCCAAGACCCCAAUGAAACCGCCUCCGGCCUUCUCAGGCGAGAGAAAGGACGAGGAACUCAACACUUGGUUAAGGACAGUCCCGGUUUGGGUGAAGGCCAAAAGGACCUUGCUUGAGGACGAAGUGGUAACUGCGGCGUCUUACCUUGAGGGUAAGGCAGCUAAGUGGUUAGAUGGUGUAGUUGUGAAGGCCGGGUACGGGAGACGCAUGGCGGAUUGGGCWAAGUCUUUGACUUUAGACCAGUUCAUGGAGAUGGUAGAAGCUCGAUGGCAUAACCCACAGGAGGCUCAAAGGGCCACUGAUGCCAUUAACAAACUGGACCAACGCAAGUUCAGGUCAGUUAGGGAGAUUACGACUACCGUUGAGAGCCUGAUCCACGUCCCAGGUAUCAACUACAUCGACCAGUUCCUGUUGACUACGUUUGUCAGAUGUCUCCAAGAGAACAUGAGUGACUUACUAGCCAGCGAGGCACGCACUGAGUACCACUCGUUUGAGACAUUGUCUAGGAAAGCCUUAGACUUAGAGGCCACACUAUGCAAUGCUCAACCCACCUCAGGGAAUGACUCAAAGAAGAAGAAGAGUCCUCAGGAGUGGAAGAAGAAGGGGGCGAAGUUGAUGAUGGUUGAGUCUGAUGGGACUCAAACUGAGAUCGAUGAGCUCUCUGACCUGAUGGACUACUCAGAGUAUGACGGCGAAGAGGUAGCUGAGGGUAGCACCCUCGCCGAGGUAGUUAAGACUAAGGCGGCAGGCCGAGGGAAAGGCCAGCCUAGGGGUCAAGGGAAGGCCGCCUCCAAUCAGACCAAACAGGCCAAGUGGGUAAAGGCUGGUCUUGAUCAAGACGUGUGGCGUGACCGCCGAAUGCGUGGCGCUUGUAUCAACUGCGGAGAGUACGGACACACGCAGUGGAAGUGUCAGAACGCUAAGGUUGCGCAAAAGGUUGCGCCAAAACACGCUAUGAAUCGGAUCUUCCAUGACCAUUUAGAUAAGUUUGUCGUGGUUUACUUAGACGACAUUCUGAUCUUUAGUAAGUCUGUCGAGGAGCACGCACAACAUGUUAAGACAGUUCUCUCACUCCUGCGACGGCACAAGUAUAAGGUCAACUUAGAAAAGUGCGAGUUUGGUUGCACUAAGAUACUAUACUUGGGUCAUGAAGUAUCCGCGGAGGGGAUUAGGCCAGAAGAUGCGAAGGUGGCUAGUAUUCGAGACUGGCCACGACCUCAGACAGUCACUGAGGUCAGAUCAUUCCUAGGAAUGUGUGGCUACUAUAGGAACUUCGUCAAGAACUAUUCUACAGUCGCCUCUCCUUUGACUGAUCUAACUCGACUUGACACACCGUGGGACUGGAGUGAUGAGUGCGAGGGUGCUUUCAAGAGAUUGAAGCAUGCACUCAUGAAUCAUGAAGUUCUCAUGGGUCCCGAUCCGCAAAAGUCAUUCAUAGUGACCACUAACACAAGCCAAUACGGUAUUGGCGCAGUGCUGGCUCAGCAGGAUGGGAAAAAGCUGAGACCGAUUGAGUACAUUAGUAAGAAGAUGCCAUCGAAGAAGUUGGCUAAGUCCACCUACGAAAGGGAACUCUAUGCUCUCUACAAGGCACUUGUCCAUUGGAGACACUUCCUUCUAGGAAGGUUCUUCUAUCUGAGGACUGAUCGUCAGACCCUCAAAUGGAUCAAGACUCAACCGGCUCUUUCUGAUGCACUCAAGCGAUGGAUUGAGGUCAUAGACCAAUAUGACUUCAAGCUUGAGUACCUGAAGGGAGAGUAUAACAAGGUUGCAGACGCGCUAUCCCGUAGAGCAGACUACCUAGGUGCGCUAGUUUCUGAAUUUGGCAUAUCUAAUGAAGUAACUCAAUCAUUGGUGAGAGCCUAUCAGGAAGACCCUGUCACGAUGGACAUCAUCCGCAAACUUCACGCAAAAGACAAGGCCACAGAAAGUGAGUUUGUGAUGGUGGAUGGGCUAAUUUAUCUUGAUAAGGCCGGAGUAAAGAGAUUGGUAGUUCCAUCCAGUGAACAGUUGCGUAGUUUAUUUUUAGGAGAAUGUCAUGACACAACUGGGCACUUUGGCUACAAGAAGACGAGUGUUAACUGAGUACAGCGAUUUUGGUGGCCCAGAAUGUUAGAUGACGCGAAAAAGUAUGUUGAGA